UAAAUAGCCAUUGAAGAUGCCACUUGUUAAAUCAUUAUUCUCUAAGUUGACUUGUAGUUCACAACAAGCAGUUAAUAUUGAUUCGUCCAAUAGUAAUCACGUUAUUGAAAAUUCUGAAAUAAUUUCAACAAAUCAUUCAUCUUUAUCAUCGACACAAGUUUCAAUCAAUAAAAUGUAUGGCCGUUGCAGAGAUUUUAGUGACAAAGUUGUACUGAUAACAGGUUCAAGUGGUGGUAUUGGUUUGGAAACAGCAAAAUAUUAUGCACGUUGCGGUGCCAAAGUAGUCAUCAAUGGACGUAAUCCUGUGGCUAUUGCAAAAGCUGCCGAAGAAUGUCAAUGUAUUUCACCAAAAAAAUAUCGAGCUUUACAAAUAAAAGCCGAUGUCACUAAAGAAGAUGAUUGUAAACGUUUGAUAGAAAACACUAUUGAUCGUUUUGGAAAAUUGGACAUUCUUAUCAACAAUGCAGGUGCUGGAGCAUUUGGCAGUAUUUAUGAUCCAAAACUUUUGGAAACAUUAGAACGUAUGAUUAAUUUAAAUGUUAAAUCAAUUGCCAUGAUAACUCAAUUGGCUGUGCCACAUCUUGAAAAAACAAAUGGUAUUAUUGUAAAUAUUUCUAGUACAUUAUCAUUCAAACCGAAUGUACAUUUCAUGCCAUAUUGUGUGGCUAAAUCGGCAGUCGAUAUGUUUACCAAAUGUAUUGCCUUAGAACUUGGACCAAAAGGAAUUCGUGUCAACACUGUUAAUCCGACUGCUGUACGAACCAAUUUUCAAUCUGCAACUGGUGCUGGAGAAAUUCUUGAUGGCGUACUUAAACAUCUUGAACAAACCAAUCCAUUAAGACGAAUUGGAACAACCGAAGAUGUUGUCAAUGCUAUUGGAUAUUUGACUUCUUCUGAAUCAUCAUUUGUUACAGGACAUUCAUUGGUUGUUGAUGGGGGCUCUGUUUACGUUUAAAAUUUUAAAAUCCAACAUUUUUUCACAAUUUUUUACUGUUUUAUUCAAAAUGUU